AAGCCUUCUCAUCUUUUGGAUACUAAUGCCAGUUGUUGCAAAAACAACUAAAGUUUUUUCGAGGCCAUAUAAGAAAUUGAUGAUGUGUGGAGAUGGAAAUGCUCACGAUACACUUUCGCCUGAUGAGAUUCAUUUCACAUGUAAACCAGGACCUGGCAAGUUCGUUCAUUGUAAAGACUGUUAUACAUCCAUAAAAAAGCCUUUUCAAUGUCCUGGGUACGGCUAUGUCUCAGGUUGGGACCUGGUUGGUUUUAAGAUCAAAGUGCGAUGCUGUAUGGAACCAGGUAUGAAAUACAGCCACAAAGAUUGCAGAAGCCAUUUCAAUAAAGAUGUUGCAGUUGGACGAAUCUACAGAGUAGACAAAGGCAAAGUAAUUACCGGAUUUAAGACAUUUGAUGGCGGGUAUGUAAUGAUGCUAAUGAAUAUAGAUGUAGGGUAUACGUGA